AUGCCAAGAACCUACCCCUACUGGAGAGUCUCCAAGUUUCGUCCUGCCACCUGGCUAGAAGGUGCAGGUUACGCUCCUCAAGUGUUUGUGUUUAGAAAUCUCGAAAGUGGACAAGUCCUGUACUCCCAGUUCCCCAAUUUUACCCAGCAACAAGUUGACAAGCAAUUCCAAAGGACUGACUGGUCAAACCGUAAGCCAGCUAUCAGACGUGACAUAUGGAGAUGUAUGUGCGUUGUCGAUAUGCCCACAUAUGAGUCUGGAGUCAAGCUGUACCAGAAUCUAUGUCGUUUGAAAUACCUACGUGAUGUUAGAAUGCCACAAGAAGCUCAAAAGCAUCGUAAAUUGAAUGAAGAUGGUCACAUUUGGUACAGCAGUCAGUACAGACCAACCUACACUCAAGAAGCCGUGGCCGAUCUUAGAGAAUCAAUCGCUAAAUCUGGUUGUGACAGCGACAUUACUAUACACUGGGAAGAUGCCUGGAGAAUGGGGGACAAAUCUAAACACUGGACACCAAUACUACCUGGUGUACAACACUCUCUGAUGAGCCGUGUUGGUAACAUUGCUAGAGAACAAAGUACUGUACUACGAGAACUGGGUGACAGGGCAAGGCAAGAAUUCCAGAGGGCCAGGAAAUCGAACCAGAACCAGCAGGAAGGUCAUAUGAGUCUAUAA